AUGGCCUGGGCCUCCUGCCGCCCGUCCAGCGUCCUAGAGAGGGUAAACCGGCGAUGGGCCGAUGCACUCCUGGGCCUCCCCCAACGCUCGCGGCCCGGCCCAGGCCUGCGUCGGGCGGACCGGCUCGGGGCUAGGGUUUUCCCUGCCCGUCAUGCGCCGCCACCACCCUGUGUCCCCGCUGCAUCUCGAUCCCGCUCCUCUCGUCUCGCAAAUCACCCGUCGGGCGCGUACGUCCCCGCCGUUCCCCAGGCCCCAUUCGCUCUGCCCCGUCGGCCGGCAGGCCCUGGCUCUCCCUCCUCCUCGUCCCUUCUUCGGCCUGCCUGCACAGCCGGCGACGAGCCCGAUCCCUCUGCCCGGCGACCGGCUCUGCUUGCCAUCCCCUCCGUGCGGCGCACCUACUGGGACGUGCUGAUGACUCGCCUCACCGGGGACGGCCAGGCCCGGCCGAAAAGGCCUCUCCCGGCUGGGCAGGGACUCCUCCCUGCGCUGGCCCCUCGAGACGUCGUCCAGGAAGGGGGCAUGGGCGCCGGCUCUUUGCACUCCGGCCAUGGGGGUUCCAACCGGCCAGGGAGGUCCCCGGAAUACUACUCCGGGACCUCCCUUCGCCGUCCGCCACCUCCUCGUGACCCGGCGAGGGAUCCCCGCCUGCCGUUGCCGGGUUCGCCGGGGACUGUCGCCGCCUGGAGGCCGCCCGCGCGGUCGACCUGGACCGGGAAGCGACUCUGCGUGCGGAGUUGGUUGCGCGUCCCCCUCCGGCAUCUCAGCCGCGUGAUGAGCCAGCGCCCCGCGAUCCCCCGGCUCGGGACCUCGCUCACCGCCCCGCGGCACCUUCCUGGCGGCGUGAUCAUCAGGAUCACUGCCGAGGGGAGCGGUAGGGCGGGCCUCCAAUGCGGCGCGGUGAUGAUGGCCGCCGUGCCGACUGGCGCUCCUCUCGGGCGGAGGGUGCGGACUGGCGCCGGGAUGACAGGCCUUCUAGGCACGUGUCGCCACAGGCCCUGCCUGCUGCUCCGCUUCCCGCCCAGGCCCCGGCAAAGAAGAAGAAGAAGUCGAAGAAGAAGAAGGCCGCUGGGUCUAACAUUGUCGGUGCUGGCGGCCUGACACCGCCAGGAGCUCAGGGGGCUCCUAAGCAGGAGGCUCUGGACCCCCCCCCCCUGCUCGGGUUAACCGCCAGCGCUCCCGCGAGGACUCGAUGUGCAUCAACUACGGCAUUGACAUCCGCUUGUUAGGACCCGGGACCGGGACCGGCUUCAGCUCAUCCUGGACGCGUUGAUGGCGGCCGCCCGACGGCUCUCCACUACCUAGCUUGCUGCCUAGCCUGUCCCCGUGAGGGCGUUUUUUGUUUCUUUUUUUUAUUGGGCUGGACUGUGCUGUUGCCCCAGCGGACUCUCUUUUUUAUUUCUUUGCUCGGACAUGUUGGUUGGAUUCUGGUCGUUGUGCUUUAUCUAUAAAGCGGGGCGAAAGCUUGUUUCGAGAGGUUACCCCACCUGGGG